AUGCUCAGUGGCAUCAAGAGCUUCCACUGGUGGACGAGCCCUUCUCCUCAUCAGCUCUAUGCUUGGACCACCUCCUACAAGACUGGUGACCCUGACAAGGUCCAUAACCUUGGUUGCCAGCACGCCAACGGGUUCGCCUUCUGGGCCUCUCAGGGCGACAUGGGGUCGAACAGCACGUCAGAGUCGAACAGCACGUGGGAGUACUCCUGCUCGGUGACCAUCAACUUCAACGGCGACAGCAGGACCUACAUGGUCAGCCCAGUUAAGCUUGAAGCGAUCAACUACGUCACUGUCAUCAGGAUGUCCAAUAAAACUCGUAUAACACGUGCGGAGGCACAUGAGGGCGAAGAGAUGGUGAUGGCCUACGGCAACAGCACCGCCCCGCACGACGAGCUGUCCUCCGGCACCUUCGAGACCUGCGCCCCUCUCUUUAACUGA